UCAAGGAGGCUGAAGCUUAUAGCUUUUGAGUUUACAGGUCUAAACAAUGAGGAGGAAGAAGAGGAAUUCAUCUAUGGAAUCUGAUAGAGGAUGGUUGAGUUGUGAUAUGUCAGAAACAGUUUUUGGCUGGCCCCUUCAGAAAGUAACAGUUCCUAUUGAGACUAAGGAAGCUUGUCAAAAAUCAGAGAACGAUUUGAAGAGUAGGGAGGUUGAAGAAGAUGAAUAUGCAUCACCUGUAUCAAGGCCUGGUUGGCCUCUGCUUCGUGUAGCGAAUUCCGAAACCAUGAGUAGUCCUGCUAGAAAUUUCGAGACUAAGAUUUCUGUAGUCGAGUGGGUGAUGGGACUUCCGAGUCGAACAACGUUGUUUAAUCUGCAGCUUGCUAGAGAAAUGAAGUUCCUCAAUAAGAAAGACUCGCAAGGUUGCAGAAUAUUUAGCUACGCUGAAAUUAGGACUGCAACUUAUAAGUUCUCCUCAGAGAAUCUUAUUGGCGAGGGAGGGUGCAGCAGUGUUUACAGAGGAAUUCUUCGAUGUGGGAAAUCUGUGGCGCUGAAGAUUUUGAAAGCAUACAAGGAAGCUUGGGAUGAUUUUUGCUUGGAAGCCAACUUUGUGUCUUCAAUUAAGCACAAGCACAUUGCAUCUCUUAUUGGUGUGUGUGUGGAGGAUGACAAUCUUGUUUUAGUGUAUGAGCUGCUUCCGAGGGGGAGUUUGGAGGCGAACUUGCAUCAUUGUAAUGAUGGUUCUGUACUGCCAUGGGAAGUGAGAUUCAAUGUGGCAGUUGCAGUUGCUGAGGCUCUAAAUUAUCUCCACAGCGAACGCAGUCAGCCGAUUAUUCAUAGAGAUGUAAAAUCUGCAAACAUUCUUCUCUCAAGUGAUCUUCAGCCACAGUUAUCGGAUUUUGGGCUAGCUAUAUGGGGAUCAGUAGAUUCUAGUUAUGUGAUAAGUAAUGAUGUGGUCGGAACUUUCGGAUACAUGGCUCCAGAGUAUUUCAUGCAGGGGAGGGUCAGUGACAAGGUUGACGUUUAUGCCUUUGGUGUGGUUCUCCUCGAACUUUUAUCAGGAAGAAAGCCAGUAGAUGUUGAGGCCCCAGAAGGACAGGAGAGCUUAAUCAAGUGGGCAAGAAAGCUAUUGAAGAUUGGAGAUCGUACAGCAUUGCUGGAUCCCAAGCUAAAAGGGGACUAUGAUAUUGUCCAAAUGCGUAGAAUGUCGCUGGCAGCAAAUCUUUGCACAAAUCAUUCGGCUCAAGUUCGUCCACAUAUGAGGCAAGUGCUGAAACUCUUGAGGGGGGAGACAGAUGCUAAUGGGUCAGGCUAUUGUGAAAUCGAAGAACUGGAACCUGACUGGGAUUCAGUUUCCAGAGUGUCGGAGACAAAGGAUGAUAGCUUUUCAUCAUCAACUUCUACUGAUACAGUUUCAUCAUCAAGUUCUACCGAUACAGCAUCCAGUGCUGGAAAAACUCCCCGCUUUAAGUUGAGGGACUACUUGACAAUAGUUGGUCAUAGUUUUUGAAU